UUCUUUGGAUUAUCACAAUUCUCACUUUAUUAGUAUUUUCUCAUUACCGAAUUCUGAUAAUUCAGUGCAUCAAAAUAUCAAUCGGAACCCUAAUCCCUAAAUUUCCAUCUUCUCCCUCUUUGGGUUUAUUUAGGGUUUAAGGCCUUCCCUCAAAUCAUCAAUCGGAAUCCAAAGACAGAUUCUUUUUAAUUUUGUGUAAAUUUUGCGGAGAGAUAUGGGAGCUGAGAAGAAGCAGAAAGUGGGAGGAGCUGAUGAAGAGAGCAAUGGCACCGAGCAGAUUGACGGCGAGCUCGUAAUCUCAAUCGAGAAGCUUCAGGAAUUUCAAGACGAGCUUGACAAGAUCAAUGAAGAAGCAAGUGAAAAGGUCCUGGAACUGGAACAGAAGUACAAUGAAAUACGGAAGCCUGUCUAUGAUAAGCGAAAUGAAAUAAUUAAAUCCAUUCCUGAUUUCUGGCUGACUGCUUUUAUGAGUCACCCUGCUCUCAGCGAACUUUUGAGUGACGAGGACCAGAAGAUAUUUAAGUAUUUGAUUAACCUGGAAGUCGAGGAUUGCAAAGAUGUGAAAUGCGGUUACUCCAUCACGUUUGAAUUUAAACCCAACCCUUACUUUGAAGAGACGAAGCUCACAAAGACCUUUACGUUUCUUGAGGAAGGUACAACCAAAAUCUCAUCAACAUCGAUAAAAUGGAAAGAAGGCAUGGGUAUUGCUAAUGGUGUUGCUGCUGAAGAGAAGAAAGGAAACAAGCGACCUCAAACUGAGGAGAGCUUCUUUUCCUGGUUCAACGAAAGCCAGCAUACUGGUGAAAUGGGAGAGAUUGACGAUGAGCAGAUUGCUGAAAUUAUCAAGGAGGAUUUAUGGCCAAAUCCCCUCAAUUAUUUUAACAAUGAGGACGCUGAUGAAGAGGAAUUCGUAAUGGAUGAUGACGAGCAGGACAAGGACAGUGAUGGCUCUGAAGAUGACGAUGAAGAAGACGACGAAGGUGAAGAUUAAACGAGAAAGGCUACCAAGGCGUCUCCAGAAAGUUUGGUUUUCGUCAACUAAACAGGUUUAUAGGUUUCUACAAGAGAGGAUUUGAACCUAAUCAUCUCUGCUUGAAUUUGUGGCGUUGGGUAUUCGAACUUCUAAUUUUGUUUCAUUAUUUCUCGUGGCAUUGAUGGCCCCACCGGAAAGUAUAGCUAGCUCGCGUUAUCUACUGUAAGAACCGUCUCUGUCGAUCCGUGCAUCCUCUCAUCUAUUUUGAUAAAAUGAAUCACAUUCUUCUCCCAA